UUAGUGUGUUCAGUAGCAGCUGAAGAUUUGUGUUGCUCUCAGGAUGUCUAAUGAUGAUAAACGUUAAAAAGAAUAAACCCAAAGGACAUUAGGCCGGUUUAGUCGGAUGGAUUCACUUCUUUCUUUCUUUGCUUUUCUUUCUCUAUGAAGAGGCUCUUUAACAGUGAACCAGCCGCUCUGUCUGAGGUCUGAGUGUGAAUAAAGGAAUCAGAAACUAGUUCCUCCUCCUCUCUGGGAACUGAAGGAUCCUUUGAACACAGUUGAGCGGUCCUGGAAUUCCUGGAAUGUCAGGGAAUUGUGUUGGAGGUGUUUUCCAGACAGGUAAAUGUGGCAGUUAGUGUGCAGCAGCCAGAGCGCAGCGGUGGAGCUUUCAGAUGGGAUCGAGGAGCAGGAAUUCAGCAGAUUUCUGGUGGUUUUCUGUCCCGCUGGAGCAGAGAUCACUGAUCUGAGAGCAGCUCUGACUGUUCACAGCUUAGUUCAGUUCUGCAACAGCGUGAAUGUGUUCUGGAGACAGCUGGUCUGAGGCCUGCAGGGGGAAACUGGCUCUGCUUCAGCAGCCAAGAUGGAGGACUCUGAGUCUUUGGACCGCUGUAUCCAGACGGCGCUGGCUUUCCUCUACCCGCCCUUCCAGGUUACAUCUCCGACUGUCCUCUGUCAGGUCCUCAGUGUGGUGGAGCACUGUUACCGUGGAGACGGCCUCCGCUACCUCAUCCACUUCCUGCUGCCUGCAAAGAAUUUCCUGCAGAACCUCCAGCAGGACGCCUGUGUCCAGUACUGUGGUCUGCUGUUUCGUCAUGAAGGUUGGCCCCUGUGUGUCCAUGAGAAGAUAGUGGUCCAGCUCUGUCCUCUGGACCAGCGCCUCCUCCGUCCAGGUGACUUCUACCUGCUGGUGUCUCCUGCCGUAGCCCCGCCUCCUCCUCGUUCCCACGGCGCCUCCUACGGGGGCGGAGCCUCGGAGCCCCGCCUGCUCCUGUGCAGUUGGGCCGGCCGUCAUGUGGAGCAGCAGGAGGUGUCGCAGUUAGCGCUGCGCUCGCUCUUCAGCAUGGCCUGGCUGGACUCGGUCAACAGGGACAGGGAGCGGCGAGGAGCUCCUCGGCUGGAGCGCCUCCUUCUGGCCGCCCACGGAGACGUCUUCAGGGUCCCCUGGGAGGACCUGGUCUACCCACAAUUCAUCAGCCGGCCCCGCCCCCCCAGGGAGGACCAGGACGGUUUAAUGAAUUCCUCACGCCUGUCCUCAGGUCAGGACGGGAAGCUCCUCCCUCUAACCAAGACUGACCAAUCAGCAGCCAGCAGCGAUGGAGAGGACUCUGAGGGGGAAUAUGUGGAGCUGAUGGACCUGCCCCGCUUCUCCCCUCAGAAAGGAUCCCUGACCCAGUCCAUCAGCCUGCAGCACCGGGCCAGAACCACCACACACACACCUACACACGCUACAACAACACACACACCUGGAACAACAACACACACACCUACACACGCUACAACAACACACACACCUGGAACAACAACACGCACACCUACACACGCUACAACAACACACACACCUGGAACAACAACACACACACCUACACAUGCUACAACAACACACACACCUGGAACAACAACACGCACACCUACACACGCUACAACAACACACACACCUGGAACAACAACACACACACCUGGAACAACAACACACACACCUACACACACUACAACAACACACACACCUGGAACAACAACACACACACCUACACACGCUACAACAACACACACACCUGGAACAACAACACGCACACCUACACACGCUACAACAACACACACACCUGGAACAACAACUCGCACACCUACACACGCUACAACAACACACACACCUGGAACAACAACACACACACCUACACACGCUACAACAACACACACACCUGGAACAACAACACACACACCUACACACGCUACAACAACACACACACCUGGAACAACAACACGCACACCUACACACGCUACAACAACACACACACCUGGAACAACAACACACACACCUACACACGCUACAACAACACACACACCUGGAACAACAACACGCACACCUACACACGCUACAACAACACACACACCUGGAACAACAACACACACACCUACACACGCUACAACAACACACACACCUGGAACAACAACACACACACCUACACAUGCUACAACAACACACACACCUGGAACAACAACACGCACACCUACACACGCUACAACAACACACACACCUGGAACAACAACACACACACCUACACAUGCUACAACAACACACACACCUGGAACAACAACACGCACACCUACACACGCUACAACAACACACACACCUGGAACAACAACACACACACCUGGAACAACAACACACACACCUACACACACUACAACAACACACACACCUGGAACAACAACACACACACCUACACACGCUACAACAAUACACACACCUGGAACAACAACACGCACACCUACACACGCUACAACAACACACACACCUGGAACAACAACUCGCACACCUACACACGCUACAACAACACACACACCUGGAACAACAACACACACACCUACACACGCUACAACAACACACACACCUGGAACAACAACACACACACCUACACACGCUACAACAACACACACACCUGGAACAACAACACACACACCUACACACGCUACAACAACACACACACCUGGAACAACAACUCGCACACCUACACACGCUACAACAACACACACACCUGGAACAACAACACGCACACCUACACACGCUACAACAACACACACACCUGGAACAACAACACACACACCUGGAACAACAACACGCACACCUACACACGCUACAACAACACACACACCUGGAACAACAACACACACACCUACACACGCUACAACAACACACACACCUGGAACAACAACACACACACCUGGAACAACAACACACACACCUGGAACAACAACACACACACCUACACACACUACAACAACACACACACCUGGAACAACAACACACACACCUACACACACUACAACAACACACACACCUGGAACAACAACACGCACACCUACACACACUACAACAACACAAACACCUGGGACACACACACCUGCACACACAUCUGAAACACACACACCUGGAACAACAACACACACACCUGCACACAGUAUAACUACACACACACCUGGAACAACAACACAUACACCUCACACCACAAAUGCACACUCUGCUGCUAUGACACACACCAGUGGAACCACACACUUCUGUCAGCCCGGUGUGGAGGUGGACUCCAGGCUCUCAGAGCAGGACCAGGACCAGGACCAGGACCAGGACUUCUGUGGAGCAGUUGUCCUCAGACCAGUUUCCUGUCAGCAGGAACCUAUAGCAGGUACAGAACCAGGCCAGAACCAGAACCCAGAACCUGAAACCAGAACAGAACAGAGAGAGCAGGAGGAGACAGAAGGAAAGAAUGAAGUUGUAGAGUCAGAAGGAGAAGAGGAGGUGCAGGAGGAGGAGCAGUGUAGGAGGAGCCAGGAUGAAGAGGAGGAGUCAGAGGAUGAAGGUGCCGAGCAGGUGGAGCUAGAAGAGGAGGUUCAGGUUCUAAUCAUGCAGCAGAGUCUGGAGAGAAAAGAGGAGGUGAUGGAAGAAGAGAGAGGAGGAGGAGAAAGAGGAGAAAGACAAGCACAUAUAGAAAAAGACUGUUUUACUGAAAAUAACACAAAACACAAACACGCUGAGGACCCUUUAUCUGGAAAUAACACAACAGACACACACCUAGAACACUCCGAGGAGUCCAGUCUUCAUCACACUGUUUCUGAGGAGUCCAGUGUUCCUCCUCCUCUCCCUGAGGAGUCUACAUCACCUCCUUGCGUCUCCUCUCCGACGGUGGAUGAACCUGAUCAUCAUGACUCUGGACUGGAAGAUGUGGAGGAGAAGAAGCAGGAAGUUGCUGCAGGAGAAGCAGCGGAGCUUCACACUGAAGCUCUCAUCAGUGGUCCUCCUCUUGCUGGUUCCAGUCCAACAGAACCACAACAACCAGCAGCUCCCACAGUCCCAGUCCAGUCCUCCCAGUCCUCGCAGCCCUCCAAGUUAUCCCAAUCCUUACAGUCCUCCCAAUCCUCUCAGCCCUCCCAGUCCUCCCAGCCCUCCAAGUUAUCCCAAUCCUCCCAGCCCUCCCAAUCCUCCCAGUCCAGGUUCUACAGUGUUUUGCUGAGGUCUGGAGCUGUGUGUCUGCCUGGUUCUAUGGAUCGGGCGGGUCGAGCCCUACUGACUGUUUCUACCUGCAGCUCCAUGUGGUCCGACCCAGAUUGUGACAGCGCUGAGUUGCUUCGCCUCCUGCUCUACUACACCUCCACCCUCAGGAAACAGACAAGAGCUUCUGGUCUGACGGUGCUGAUGGACGCCCGCAGAGCUGCACCUGCUGCUGCCAUGUUCUCGGCCCUGCGGUUGCUGCAGGAGGACUCUCCAGCCUCCAUCCACUCUGUGUUCAUUCUGGCUAACAAGGACUCAGCUGUACGUCUGGACAAACCUGCAGCCACUCAGGUGGAGGUGUUAACCUCCCUGAAGUCACUUCAGAAACACGUGGAGCUUCAUCAGCUUCCUGCACAGUUUGGAGGAUCCCUCAGUUUCAGUCAGAGCAGCUGGAUCAGCUUCAGAUCAAGAGUGGAGCAGCUCACCUCCCAGUGUGAAGACGUCAUCAACCUGCUGCAGAAAACCAUCAACAUCCUGCAGGCCACAGCUCUACCUGCUACUGUACAGGAUGCCGAGCUGCUGCUGUCCAGGUACAGAUCAGUGAUGUGCAGCAUCCUGGAGGACGGCCGAUUGGUGCAGCUGCAGCAGGAGGGCGGAGCUUCUCUGUUGCGGCUCCGCAGGGAGGAGGGCGGAGUCAGCAGGACGGAGGAGCAGCGGGCGGCGGUGGAGGCGGUGACGUCUCUGUACGACCAGGUGGACGAGCUGCUGCACCACCUGGUGACCCUGUCCAACUCCAGGACCCAGGAGAUCGCCUUCAUCAGGGACUUCUGGAGCCUGGAGCAGGGCUUCAGCCAGGUGAGGUCGUGGCUGCAGGACGUCGGUGAGGUUCGUCUGAAGGCUCUGGAUGAACCUGAAGAUUCUCUGGAGCUUCUCAUAAGAAAACAGCAGGACUUCAGGGAGUUCUACACAACGGCAUAUGACCAGUGUAAACGAGGAGAGGACCUCCUCUCAGGUGUGGACCAGUGGGAGGUUCCAUCUGCAGACCUCCAGGUGUAUGAGGUCCAGGUUCACUCCUUCUGGGCUCAGCUGCAGGACUUCUCCCAGCGGGUCAAUAGCACUAGACAGAACAUCGAGCGGGCCGUGCAGCUGUUCCGCUUCCUGGACCAGGCCUAUGGCUGGGCGUUGGAGGGUAUGCGUCACCUAGCUGGGAUCAGCAUGGAGGACUGCACGCUGCCGGACAAAUGCCAGGCUGUGAUUGGCUGCCUGGAGGGCUACCACCGCCAGCACCCACCAAUCCCAGACGGCCGCUUCCAGGAGAUGAAGGCGGCGGCGGGGGAGCUGCGGGGCGAGAGGGGCCUCCGCCAGUGGAGCUUCGCCUGGUCCAAGUGUCAGGAGACCAAGAAGAUGUUCGACAGGAAGAUGGAGGCGGCGCUCAGGACUCGAGACUCCGCCCAGUGCCGCCGCUCUGACUCCGCCCUCAGCUGGAGCUCUGCCUCCUCCAGGAAGAGUCUGUCAGGACUGUGGGGGGUCCUAGAGACCUCCUCUUCCUCCUCCUGCACCCCCAAGGAGGACACAGACUCAUCUUCACCUCAUCGUAGCUCCGCCUCCCUGCUACCUGUCUCCUCCACACCUUGUAGCUCCGCCUCCACGCUCCCCCUCACCUCCUCACCUCGUAGCUCCGCCUCCCCUCCCACCCCCCAGCACACGCCCCUCCUGCAGCGUCUGUUCCGCAGCUCCUCCUCUUCCGAGGAGUCGUCUGAGCGGGUGGAGGUCUGCUCCUCCAGCCUCCCUCGCCUCGCCUCCUCGUCCUCCAUCCUGUCCUCCUGUCGGCGGCAGCAGCUGAGGAAGACGCAGAGCUUCGACUGCCCCUCCACCCCCUCCACCCCUGAGGCGCCGCGCUACGGCCCGUGUCCUCGCGCCCUCAGCGAGCCGGUGCGCCGAGGAAACACCGGCGUGUUCAUCCGCGGCCUGGAGGUGAGCAGCACCGAGGCGGCCGACCACACGCUGUGCCCCAGGACGGCUGCUCACGGCUGGGCAGGAACAGGACCGAGGAGCCCCGGGACGCCUGGAACCCCCAGAACCCCCGGGAGCCCUGCGGACCCACGACCCAGAGGAAGUAAGCUGCGCCACAUCGUGGAGGAGAUGGUGACCACGGAGCGUGACUACGUGCGCUCUCUGCGCUACAUCAUCCACCACUACUUCCCUGAGAUGGACCGGACUGACCUUCCUCAGGACCUCAGGGGAAAACGAUCCGUGGUCUUCGGGAACCUGGAGAAGCUGCUGGACUUCCACAGCCAGUUCUUCCUCAGAGAGCUGGAGGCCUGCUGGAAGCACCCACUGAGGGUCCCUCACUGCUUCCUCAGACACCAGGAACAGUUCAGUCUUUAUGCUCUGUACAGCAAGAACAAGCCGAAGUCUGACGCUCUGCUGGCCCAUCAUGGACUCUCCUUCUUCAGGAGGAAGCAGCUGGAGCUGGGUGAUAAGAUGGACCUGUCCUCCUACCUGCUGAAGCCCAUCCAGAGGAUGAGUAAAUACGCUCUGCUGCUGUCUGACCUCAUGAAGGAGGUGGGUGUGGCUCAGGAGGCAGAGCUUAUCGCCCUGCAAGCCGCCACCAACAUGGUCAAGUUCCAGCUUCGCCAUGGCAACGACCUACUGGCCAUGGACGCCAUCCAAGACUGUGACGUGAACCUGAAGGAACAGGGUCAGCUGAUCCGGCAGGACGAGUUCACAGUCUGCAGCGGCAGGAGGAAAUGUCAACGCCACAUCUUCCUGUUCGAGGAGCUCGUCCUCUUCAGCAAACCCAAGAAGAUGGAGGGAGGCCUGGACGUGUUCAUCUACAAACACUCCUUCAAGACGGCCGAUGUGGGUCUGACGGAGUCCACGGGGGACAGCGGGCUGAGGUUUGAGAUCUGGUUCAGGAGGAGGACGUCCAAGAACCAGACCUUCAUCCUGCAGGCAUCUUCAGCAGACGUGAAGCUGGCGUGGACCAGCGACAUCGCCAGGAUCCUCUGGACCCAGGCCACCAGGAACAAAGAGAUGCGUCUGAAGGAGAUGGUGUCCAUGGGCGUCGGGAACAAACCCUUCCUGGACAUCCAGCCGAGCGACGCCGCCAUCAGCGACCGAGCGGUUCACUACAUUAUGAAGAGCAGAGGUGCCAGAACUCGAGCCUCCAUCGCCGUCUCCGUCUUCGACCACUCCAAUCCCUUCAAACGAGGAGCGGUGACGUCCGACUCUGCAGCUCCAGGACCGUCUUCGUCCAGCCUGCUGGGGCCCCUCAACCUGCACAUGUACAGUCAGACGCUUCCUUCUCCUCCGGCCGCUCAGAGCUCCUUCAACGCCUCCUGUAUCGAGGAGGAUGAGCAGGAACACGAGACCAGCAGCCAGCCAUCCAUGACCACAGAGAGUUCUGGCUCAUCGUCUCGCUGCCUCUCUGGCUCCACCGGCUCCGACAGCGGCUGCGUCUCCUCCCACCUGCAGGAGGCGCUGCAGGAGGAGCCCCGCCCACACAGCCAGAACUCCGCCUCCUGCUCCUCCUCCAGCAAGCAGCGAAUCAGCAACCAGUACCUCUCAUCUGUAAGUACCUCUCUUAAAGCUGCAGCUGUCAUCAGUCCAGCCACCGUCGUUUGAUCAGCUGGCCUGAAAAUGAACGUCCGUUCUGACUCGGUGAUGGCUUGAAGUGGACGUGUGAUCUGAGCUUCAUCUGGUUUAUUUAUGAGCUUCAGUCUGUGGUGUAAAUAUAACGUUAGACUUUAAUCAGUGGUUCUGUUUGGGAGGAGAACCGGGUCAGAGGAGAACCAGGUCUAGAGGAGAAACAGGUCAGAGGUGAACCGGUCCUGGAUCUUCGGACUGACUGUACAUGAGUGUAAAUAAUCCACAGCUGAACUUUUGUUACUUGGAAGAAUAAAUGAGUUUGUUGAAAAAAAAA